AUAUUGAGGGAGGGGAAACAUAAUAUGGAUGAAACAGACCGAAUUUCGGAAUUGCCAGAGACAAUGUUGCAGCACAUAAUGUCUUUCCUUGAUGUUAAAGAUGUACGAAUGGGUACAUUGUCCAAGUCCAAGAUUUGGAACAGUGCAUGGAACUCACUCUCCUACUUAAAUUUUGGUGAUAAAUUUUUCCCCAACUCAAGGUCAGAAGACUCGCCAAACCUCGCGAAUGUUGUAGAUCAAACUCUAGCAAGUCGUCAAAAGCACAAGAUUUCUGUGCAAAAAUUUUGGAUAUUGUUGCCGUAUCGGCCAAAGCACAAGAUUUCUUAUGUCGACGAUUGGAUUAGAACACUUGUAGCUUGUAAUAUCAAAGAGUUGAAUCUCAGAGUAAGCAGACCUAUUUAUGGAGGAAAACACGAUUACAACGAGUUGCCUGACGGAAUCUUUAAUGCCAAAGCACUAAACGUGCUGAAUUCGAAUGGGUUACUAAACGUGCUGAAUUCGAAUGGAUUUAAGAUUAAAUUUCCCUCUAAUGGUGUAAUAAUGUUUUCAUCUUUACGAGAGUUUCACCUAUGUGAUGCAUUUUUGGACGAGGAAUUUAUUCAAGCUCUAUGCACAAGCUGCUGCAAUUUAGAGGUUUUGUCUUUGCAGUGCUUUGAUGGACUUGCCAGUUUUCAAGUUGGUGAAACAUCUUUAUCUAAACUGAAAAAGGUAAACCUGGAAUUUUUCCCCUCUAAACUCCAAUUGGUUGAUAUUGCAGCAACUAAUCUUGAAGACCUCAAGAUCUCCAGUCAUGGGAAUCUAAAGGUAGUUAAAAUAACUGCUUUUAAAGCCCUUAAGAGUUUGUUCCUCGAUGGCAUGGCCGUGAUGGAAAACUGGUUAGAGGAACUAUUUUACAGCCUACAAAAUCUUGAAAAGUUCCAGUUAUUUUGGUGAAAGACCUUAAAGACUAUGAAGAUCACGAGUCACAGGCUCAAAUCGCUGAUAGUAUAUGAUUGCGGUUGAAUUAGACACUCCUACUUUAAUAAGGUUCUCAUAUGACUGCCAUUCAUUGCCAACAUUGAAACUGAAAGCUUCAGUUUCAUUAGUAGCCAAUAUCUCCUUUGCUUCAGCAGGAACCCCUGACAACGAUGGAUGUAACGUCGCGAAUUUUCUUGGUAACUUCAAUCCAUCUAUGGCUAUUGAAUUAUCAAGUGCAAAUGACGAGGUGAUAGGUAUGCCAAAAGACGUGAGAGAAAACAUGCUUCCUCCACUUUAUGGUGCUAAGUGUGUGCACGUAAACAAUAACAACGAUUGAAUCAUUCAGUUGUGGAUGUGGUUGAUAGUUUGCUUUGGUUAUAAGGUAUUUCAUCCAAGGAAAAGAACUGAUCUACCUUAUACAACCAGGAUCUCAGUUCCACACCAGUGAAUCGAGAGAACUCAAUCUUGGAUAGCCUUCUCAUGGAGCUGGUGAAGGCCCUCAUUGGUGGUUUCUGCCCACCUCCUCCUCCUUCUUGAUUUCCCAGAGGUGGUUGCUGCAUUUCUGCUGCUGCUGCUUGGUUCUGGCCUCCUAUGUAUGUUUGGAACUAAGUGUUUGGCCCCAUUCCAUGUGCCUGCAUGCAUUGUUGUCCCCUUGAAGAGGAAUCCGAGGCAAAUAUUCUCCUAUAGGUGACUGCGAAUGGGGUGUAACCUCUAUUCUCAUCUGAUAUAUUCCAGGAGACACCGUGGUUGUUCCAGCAUCUGAGGGUAGUAACCAAGCCAUCGAAUUUCCUGAGGGAGUAUAGACAUCUCCACCUCCAUCAUGUUCUUUAGCAGCUUUCCCUUUGUCACUUCUCUUCGCAGUUUCAAGAGAAGCCCUCAUUUCUGCAAGGGACUUCCUACGUUGUCCUCUUUUUAGUUUUGCCUCACUACAAAAUUAGUCAUCUCGAUUGUCAUCCGAUCUAGCAUUUCUUUGAUUUCUCUCAUAUCAUUCGUCGUUUUAGAA